CACACCUUGCGCUGUGCUCCGCCUAUUCGGUUCUUGUCGGCUGCCGCUCGCUUAAUACACACGCACUGUGCGUGCCAAACCACAAACUCGCACACAUACUCAGACACGUUCGAGCUCGUACGCACGCGCGAAACCCUAACGCUGCCCACACGCACACAAACGCCACGCACGCUUCUCUCCCUUCUCUCUUUCGCCGGCCGGACCCGGCGUAGCGCGCCGGAAAAGUAGCUACCCAUCUCUCUUGCCUUCUUAUCACGGUACGCUGGAGGUACGACGAUUCACUGGUAACGGAGCCGGAAUUCUGUUCUUUGUUUGGUUCGGCAGGGGUUUUGUGUCGAGGCAUGCGGACCUUUUUCUUGAUGGAUAUGCAAGGUUACAGUGUUGGAUUGUAUGGUGAGAUACUUGAAGAAGACGCAUAAAUUAUUCAAUUGAAGCAUUAUGCAUCGUAAAGUAUAGUUAUCGCGUGGGGAUUAUGGGACUUGGUUCUGGAUGGUGGUUUUGAUUCGUUAACCGUUGUUCCCGGCUUCUUCUGGAGUACAGAAGUUAGGGUUGUACUCGUGCAUCAUCUUCUGUAUUUUGUAAAAGAUUGAGUAGUGGUGAUGGCAUUUGUGGCAUAAAAAUCAAGAUACCAGAGUUUCUUUGGAUAAGAUUCUCGGUGAGGUGACAGAGACUAUGGCCACGGACAUGCAGAAAUUGAUUGGAACAAGCGAAGAAGAUGAUGAGGAAGAUAUGGAUAUGGAUAUGAAAGAAGAGGAGGAUGAUAGCAAAGAGAAUGGAGAGAAGCACAUUCCUACACAAGUGAUGGUAAUGGUCGAUGCAGGGAUGACAUCGAAUGAUAGUAAUAUUCAAUUUCAACAUCAUCAGGAAGAACAAGUCAGCACCCCUGGGGGAGGAGUUGCAGCUCGGAGGUGCAGACCACUGGAAGAAAAGGAGAGAACUAAGUUAAGAGAGCGGCAUAGGAGGGCAAUUACUGCAAGGAUCUUGGCGGGGUUGCGGAGGCACGGGAACUAUAAUCUUAGGGUCAGAGCUGAUAUAAAUGAUGUAAUUGCAGGUCUGGCUAGGGAAGCUGGAUGGGUUGUUCUUCCAGAUGGAACCACCUUUCCUUCAAGAUCCCAGGGAUCAAAGCCUGUUGGUGGUACUUCUACAUUGGUGACAUCAUCAUCUUCGCAAGUCAUGUCCCAACAGACUCCUCCUGCAUCCCUCACAGGAGUUUCCCCAAGUUAUCAAACCUCAAUAGAGUACAAUUCAUUCCGGAUGAAAGGUGUUCUUGUACCCACUCCAUCACCUUAUGAUCCAUCCUCAGGUGUGCAAUCUCAAAACUCUCCUGUGGUGGGAGAUGUUGCAGAGCAAACAGAGAAUCAUCAACUUGGUGGCACCAUGGAGACCAUUAAUGACAAACAGAUUGCUAGCAUGCCGUCAAAGCUACCAGAGCGUGAUUUUUCUGGUACUCCAUAUGUUCCAGUUUAUGUUAUGCUACCAUUGGGUGUCAUUAAUAUGAAGUGUGAGCUGGUAGAUCCAGAUGGACUGCUGAAGCAGCUAAGAGUACUGAAAUCAAUAAACAUUGAUGGAGUCAUGGUUGAUUGCUGGUGGGGAAUAGUAGAGGCACAUGCUCCACUGGAUUAUAACUGGAAAGGAUACAAGAGGCUCUUUCAGAUGGUGCGUGAGCUUAAGCUUAGGCUUCAGGUGGUUAUGUCUUUUCAUGAAUGUGGAGGAAAUGUUGGUGAUGAUGUUUGCAUUCCAUUGCCCCAUUGGGUGGCAGAAAUUGGUCGAAGUAAUCCUGACAUAUUCUUUACCGAUAGAGAGGGCAGACGCAACCCAGAAUGUCUGUCAUGGGGGAUUGACAAGGAGCGAAUUUUGAGAGGUCGGACUGCUUUUGAGGUUUACUUUGACUAUAUGAGGAGCUUCCGGGUAGAGUUUGAUGAAUUCUUUGAAGAUGGUACUAUCUCCAUGGUUGAAGUUGGAUUAGGUCCAUGUGGGGAACUGCGGUACCCUUCUUGUCCGGUAAAGCAUGGUUGGAGAUAUCCUGGUAUUGGUGAAUUUCAGUGUUAUGAUCAGUACUUGUUAAAAGGCCUGAGAAAGGCAGCGGAAAUGAGGGGACAGCCCUUCUGGGCUAGAGGACCAGAUAAUGCAGGUUCCUACAAUUCACAGCCACACGAAACUGACUUCUUUUGUGACGGAGGUGACUAUGAUAACUACUAUGGCAGGUUCUUCCUCAAUUGGUACUCUAAUGUCUUAGUUGACCAUGGUGAUCGAAUCCUUUCCCUUGCAAAGCUGGCUUUUGAAGGCACCUGCAUUUCUGUCAAGCUAUCCGGUAUCCACUGGUGGUACAAGACAUCCAGUCAUGCAGCUGAACUAACUUCAGGUUUCUUCAAUUCAUGCAAUCGUGAUGGCUAUGCUGCAGUAAUGGCAAUGCUAAAGAAGCAUGGAGCUGCUUUAAACUUCACAUGCUCGGAAUUUUGCUUGUUAGACCAGAAUGAGAACUUCCCAGAGGCACUGGCUGAUCCUGAUGGAUUAGUCUGGCAAGUACUAAAUGCUGCAUGGGAUGUUGGUGUGCCAAUAGCCAGCGAGAAUGCUCUCCCUUGCCAUGAUAGGAUAUGCUAUAACAAGAUAUUGGAUAGGGCUAAACCCUUAAAUGAUCCAGAUGGAAGGCAUUUCUUAACUUUUACCUACCUUAGGCUUUGCAUGAUUCUCAUGGAGAGACAAAAUUUAGUGGAAUUUGAACGAUUUGUUAAGAGAAUGCAUGGAGAAGCGGUUCUUGAUAUCCAAGUAUAAGGGAGAGGAGGAUGGCUGUCUGGAUUGUGUAUCGAUCAUGUGCUUUCCUCCAACAAAGUGUCAGGUUAAAAUGUUUCAGUAUUUAGGGGAGAAGUGUGAUUAGUUUAAAUCAAGUAAUAUACCUCUGUAAAGAAGUCAGUCAGGUCCAUUAGGCUAAAGCUUCUUCAUAUGUUUGUUAAUUCAGGUUAUAUAUUUGUUAAAUUAGCCAAUAAUAUGAUGUAGUUGUGCACAACAGUAGAAAUUUGAGUUUACUAAUGAAAUCUCAAAGUUCCAUUUUCUGCUCAAAA